AGUCACUUCCUGAGCCGUAAUCUGCCUGUGAGCAGCAGAUAGAUUCUCAUUGUUUGCCAUUUCCAGUAAUGGGAACGAUCACUUGACCUGGCCAGUUUCUGCUGAAGAUUUACAAAAACUUACAAUUUUUAAUGGCAAAUUUUUAUCUAUUACCAUAGAGCAAAAAAAAGCAAAUCUGAUUUGGGAAUCUGGUGGCAUCACCUCGGAUGAUGAAUAUUGCUUUAUUUUGGAAAUAAGUGUCUGUUCUCCAGGAACGAGAUGUAUCUUGCUCUUCUGGUGAUUUUCUUGCAGUGUUCAGAAAUUUGCACUCAGGAAAGAGUUUUUACCUUCAAUGCAGUUCACAUCAAGGUUCAGCCAUCUGUCAAAGUGAAGAAUGGAGCUCCUAUGUCAAUUAUAUGCCGUGCUGAUAUUAGCAAAAGUACCGAUUUCAACUUGCAGCAUAAUAUUACAAUUUUUAAGGAUGGCAAGCUUGUGUUCAUGAAUGUAUCAGGCAAAGGAGACGCACGAUAUGAAGUACCCAUGGCUAGAUCUUCACAUACAGGAGACUACCAAUGUGCUGUGGAAGCGGAUGGAAAGAUAAAAUACAGUGAUUCCCUACAUGUUUGGGUAACAGGAAUGACCAAACCAAUUCUGAUUGCUGAGAAAAAAGAAGUAUUUGAGGGUGAAGUCGUGAAGUUACGCUGUGAGCUGCCAGAAGAAGUGCCUCCAUUGCAUUUCAUUUUCCGGAAGAUGAAGAUGAAUUCAAAGCCUAAAGAAAAACUUAAAUAUGAACUACAGAGGAAUUUUUCUGUUAUAGAAUUUCCCAUUGAAGAAGGGGAUAAUAUUUUGCAAUUUGACUGUUUGGGUAAGAGAAGUGUAAAAUUUGAAUUUGAAACCUCAGAACCCAGCAACAGAACACUUAUAACAGUCAAGGAACCAUUUAUAAAGCCAACUCUGCGCAUCAAGCCCUCAAGUAACAUUACAGAAGGAAAAGAAAUACAAUUUGAGUGCUCGACUGUAGUAGCCAAAAUGCAUGACAUUGAAAUCAUACUUCUGAGGAAUAAAACAAUACUGAGCAGCGUACGAGAUCAGACAACUCUGAAAUAUUCUGCAGUAGCUACUCUAGAGGACAGCGGUGAAUACCUCUGUAAGGUGGAGGAAGGGAAAGCGUCUAAAAUUGCCACACGGAAUGUUGUUGUGGCAGAGUUAUUCCCCAAGCCAGUAUUGACUGCUUCUACGAAUAAGCUGGAUGAAAAUAAAGAAUUAACUUUGAGUUGCAGCAUUAAAGAUUUUCAAAAUGCUAGCUUCUCUAUUUUACGGAGGAAUUCAAAUGGAGACAUCCUGUUGAGAAAUUCUAGGAACUUAACAACGAGAGCUAAUGUGAAUGAUACUGGAUCGUAUAUCUGCAAAGCUGAAGUGAACAGAAUAGUCAAGGAGAGCAAGCCUGUAAUGAUACAAGUUUAUGCUCCAGUUUCCAUGCCAAGUAUUUCUGUUUUCAGUGGUUUACCAGAAGUGGUUCUGGGGAGACCUCUGAAGUUAACCUGUUGUUUAAUGAUGGGAACACCACCAAUAACAUUCACAUUCUACAAGGGAAAUAAAGCUAAGAAAGAAAUAGUAACUAAUAACACAUGUGCUCUUUUCUUGGACGAAGAUAUUAAACAAAAUGAUAAAGGACAAUACAAAUGUGGUGCUAGAAAUCAUCACUCCAGUGGUAUGAAAACUAGCAAGAUUCUCAACAUCACAGUAAUAGUACCGAUCAGGAACAUCAGCUUGGGCAGUGUUCCUUAUGGGGAAGUGGAAGAUGGCAGUGAGACUGCUUUUCUCUGCUCUGUGAAAGAAGGAUCUUGGCCAAUCCUCUUCAGGAUUUUUAGAAAAACUGAUCGUGACGUUCUUUUAUUUGAAAGAAGUGAACAUGCAGACAGAGUCAUAUGGCAGAAGAAAGAGAUGAGCAGGCAGGACACGGGGACGUAUUACUGCAUUGCUUCUAACCGAGCUAAUGUGAGUGCGAAAAGCCAUCCGAUAACCAUCAAUGUCAUAUUAGCAUCUUGGCAGAAAGGAGUAAUUACUGCAUUUGUCCUGAUACCUAUCGCAGGAGUGGUGAUUCUUGCCGUGUGGUGGUUUUGGUGUAAGAAGAAAAACGCUAAAGGACCGUCCAUGGAGAUGUCUCGAUCUGCCUUGGCUACAAACUCAACAAGUGAGAAACUGUCAAGACAGCAUAAUGAUGGAGACUACUAUUCUGGAUCAGGUUACAUUGAAGAUGGUGAAAAUCACAUGAAAUCAACAGAUGAAAAUAAAGGACCUGACCUUGAGAGUGCUGAGGUGGAGUACACUGAAGUUGAAGUGUCAACGCUUGAUCCCCAUAGAGCUCCUGUACAGAAGGGGACUGAAACAGUUUAUAGUGAAAUCAGAAAAGCUAAUAAUGAUUCUGUGGAAAACAGGCAUUCCAGAAUACAAGGGCAUCCUGAUGCUACUUAGAACAGCCAUCUCAAAAAAUCAGCUGGGAGAAGAAAACAAGCCAAGAUGGAAGAUGUUGCAACUGUUUCAAAAGCUCUGCAGCACUUAUCAGUUUGCCAGGCUCUUUUCAAAGUUUAUUUCCUCAGGGAACAAUAGAGAUGUUCCUAACAUGUAUAAUGGAAAAAAUUGCAAAUAAAAAUUCUCAUAGGAAAGUGGCUCUGGAAACCACUGACCUAGGUUCCCAUCUGUAAUUUCUUCUGCUAAUACAAUUUUGCUUUUCUAGCCCCUAAUUUGCCAUACUCUGAGGAAAUAAAGGGAAAAACUACAUCUGAGGAAGUACAUUUCUACAGUGCAGUAACUACUGUGAUGCUAGUAAGAUACAGAAAUAUCUAAGCUUGCUUUAAACUAGCUGACUUGGUUAUCAGUAACAUAGUACCACGGCAGAACAUAGCUCAGCACAGCCAGGCCAGAUGUGGAUGUUCUUUGAAAUGAUCUUGCAUGUUGUGCUGAACUCCCUGUGCUGCAGCAGCUGGACUGCUACCAGUCUUGGAGCCAGCUAAUUUAUGGCUCAUUUGGAUGCUACACUACAAUGAGAGCCUAAUGAAAGAGCAAGACCUGGGCUCUCUAAAAACUUGAAUAACUGUUAAGAGAUUCAAUACUUUACCAAGUGCUUCUGCCAGAAGAGGCACAAAUAUUCUUUAUUCUUUGCUAAACUGCUUUUUCCUUCUGAAAGUUCUGAUGCUUGUUGUUUAGUUCACUGUGGUGAUUCUUCAAGGAAUAAUUGCCAAUCACGGUUAUUUUGGAAGAUGCAAAAUAUAGAUCUUGAGUCAGUGGACAUGCUAUACACAGGUCAGUGAGUUUGCACCUGGAAGUUCUGUAUGUACAAUGUUUAUUCCUUUGAUUUAAGAGAGAUCUGAAGCUAUAUUUGUGCCCGGUUUGUCCAGUAUAGAGCUUCAUUCCUAUCCCUUCUCUCUAUGGUAUGAUAAGCCACUGUCAUGUGUCCGGUUCUGGACCUGGAUCUAAUCUCUCAAGUCUUUAUUUAUCUCAGUUGCAUUAGUUUAAAAGCAAAACAAAAAGUACAGUCCCUCACCCUUUAACUAGCUGGUCUCUGACCCUGCAAUUGCUCCCCUUUUCCUAGUGAAGAUUCAAUUACUGUAAGAUCUGGGCCACAGGUAAGAAAGUUCUCACUUAGAAAAUAGUGAAAGUGAGGGCAUGGAUUUGUACAUACAUAUAUAGUUACUGCUUUAACCAUUGCACCUGAGGUGCAAAACCAACAAGAAAUAAUAAAAAAAAGUUUCAUAAUCUCGUUCCAAAUUUAAAUUUUCAAGCUCCAACUACUGGCUAAAAUCUCUAAUUUAUUGUUCCCUAUGCAAAUGUUGUUGGUAUCAUAAACCUUUCACAAUCACCUGACCGUAUAGCACUCUUCUGUUGACAAAUGUUCAUUCUAGCAAGUGUCCAUACAAAUCUACUACUAAAGGGAAUGUGAAAAGGUAUUUUAAUAAAUAAAAUUCUGAAUUGAACUUUGCA